AUGAUCCGAUUCGUUUUUUUAGUUUCACUUAUCUAUUUAUCAAAUAGUGAAGAUUUCUUUCAAAUUGCUGAAUCUCUCCCGAAUACGGGGUCAAUUGAACCUCAUGGUUGUUACAACUAUGCUCCUUGUAAACAACCCAAGUCAUCUGGUUUUGAGUCACCUAUAAGCUGUCCUGCUGGACAGUGCCAAUGCUACAAUGGAACAUCUGGCGAGUAUUGUGAAACAGGUGAUGAUUUAUGUCAAACUGAGCCGUGUCUACCAUUGGGUCCCAAUUUCGCCUGCUAUAACUCUCUAUCAUCCUAUGAGUGCAAAUGCAAAGAUAAUUGGACUGGAGAUGAUUGUGAUAUAGAUGCUUCAACUGCUUGCCGACAUGAGCCUUGUGUUAAUGGCGUUUGUGAAUCUAGUAGCGAUUCUGAUUAUACGUGCACUAAUUGUGGUGGAAAGUUAGGAAAAAACUGUCAAUAUAAUGAUCCAUGUGUGAGUAGUACGUGUGCCAAUGGAGCAACUUGUCAAGUACUUUUCGACGGGCAAUCAUUUAAAUGCCAAUGCACACCAGGAUUUCAAAACCGAAACUGUGACGCCAGGUCUGAUGUUUAUGAAAAUCCGGCAACCAAUUUGGGAUGUAUCGAUUGGGAUGAUAAAUUUAUGCAAUUCAAAGUUUGCUCGGACAUUGAACCACCUGUGACACCAACGAAAUGUGCCAAAUGCUUGGAAACUCAAACAGAUACUUCCUACAAGUUUUUUGGUGUAUCUGGAACUCUAUGUAGAUUGGGAAAAAAUGUGAACACUUUGAAUAUGACUGUCCUUACUCCCGAUGCGAAAUGUAACACAAACUGUGGGUCAAGUGAGAAAUGUGGAACAAUUUCUGAAAGGAUUUGGAUUUACGAACAUGUGUCUACUUAUAAGGACUCAGAAACUACAUUAGCAUCAAAAUGCUUGAAUGGUGGUGUACCUUACGCAAUAAUCGAUAAGACGAAUGUGCAGAGUGGAACAAGAUGUAUUUGUCCAAAACCUUUCACUGGAGAUCGAUGUGAAACUGAUUAUCAGCCAUGUGAUAAUGCAGAUGUAUGUAAUGAAGGAACUUGUCAAUACAUAAACUAUGAAGAAAGAACAUUUGAGUGUGUUUGUCCAUCCGACAGACAUGGAGAUAAAUGCGAUUUAAUCUUUGCUUGUGAUGGAAAUGAAUGUAAACAUGGAUCAUCAUGUGUUGAUACAAACAAUAAUGAUUAUAAAUGUGAAUGUUUACCAUAUUAUUAUGGACCACGUUGUGAGAAUUUGAACUACUGCCAAUAUAAUGAUAUGUGUGUUAACGGUAAAUGUAAAAACACUGGAGACAACAUCUUAGUUGACUUUCUCUGUGAGUGUGAGCCUGGUUGGGAAGGAACUUACUGUGAUGAAGAUAUUAAUGAUUGUGAUCCUAACCCAUGUAUGUUUGAUGGCAUAUGUACUGAUAAGUUUCUUGGAUUUGAUUGUGACUGUGUAACUGGAACUGAAGGAGUAAACUGUAGCAUAAAUAUUGAUGACUGUAAACCACCACCGUGCAACACAAAAGAUGAAGAUGCUAUAUGCAUCGAUGGGAUAAACGAAUACACAUGCAGUUGUUCUUCCUCUUGGACAGAUGUGAUAUGUGAUUUACAUGUGCUCAUAAGAGAUGUUCUGAUCACGUUCUAUGGUGAAACUUCUGAUCGUACUAUGCUUCCGUUAUUAAAUGAUUUGAUGAGUAAUCCUACUCAAAUCAAAGAUAUGGUUCCGUUUAUUAUCGGUAUGCUGACUUAUGAGGAACGAGUGGAUUUGAGUUGGACUUCUGCUGAGUUGUUCGAAUGGGUAGCAUUUGAAAACAAGAAACUGGACAUAGCGAAAGAUUUCGUUUGUUGGAAUGAUGUUGUAUUAGGCAAUUGCUUCACAUUCAAUAACUACAGUGAUGGAAGACAAUUUAUGCAACGUUCUAGUGGAGAGUUUGGAGGAUUACAUGCACUGCUUAACAUUCAAUCGGCUGAAACGUUGCCAUGGUUAGAAACAAGUGCUAUUAUGGUCUUUGUUCAUGACAGAAAAGAAUAUAUUUUCUCCGAAUCUGUGCGAUAUAAUGCUGAACCAGAUAGUGCUAUGCAGCUAUUUGUAUCCGAUAAACGCUAUGAGAGGUUAAGUGGUGUGUAUGGAAAGUGUGUUAAAGAUCCAUCAGAAGUAGAUGCUUACUUCUAUGAUGGAAUGUAUACAACAGACGGGUGUCUUCGAUCAUGCUAUCAGAUCAUGGUCAAAGAAAAAUGUGGUUGUAUGGAUCCACGUUAUCCUAUUCCCAUGGAUGAGAAGUCUUGUCAAGUAGCUGACAUGUCUUGCAUUGAAAACGCUACUGCAACAGCAGGAGAUCCAACUACCUGGCCCUGGUGUGUGUGCCCCCUUCCUUGUGGUAAUCAACAAUACUCUGUGCAAUGGAGCAGAUCAGGAAACAGUGAUACGAUGCCAUCUUGCGGUAGUGCUUGUGACGCCAAAGCAAAUGAUUUGGUUCUUGUUUCUGUUUUCAUGCGUGAAAACGAAUAUCAGACUUAUGUAGAACAACCAGCUAUGGAUCUCAAUCGGUUCAUUUCAAAUCUGGGUGGUCUGUUAGGUGUGCUUAUGGGCAUUUCCAUAAUUUCAUUCAUCGAAAUUCUCAUAAUGAUUUUUACAGUUGUUUAUUACUGUAUAUCCGGUUGA